UUCAUUGAUGGCCGCCUGGAUAUUCUGAACAAAGGGAAGGAACCAGAUGAUCUCUUUGAAGAGGAGAUCCUUAAGUGUGAAACAACGGCGGGAAGAGGCAAAUCUUAUCAACAGUUAGUUGGUAAUUUAAAGAAGGGGGGAGGAGCGCUCAUCCUUAACAUGAAGACCAAAGCAAACAUGAGGGCUAAAGGUCUCGCUAAGUCUGGUUUGAAAAAUCUGAUGAUGCACAAGGCCCACAAUGAAGAGCGCACCCUUCAGAGAGGAGGAUCAGUGUCACACCGGCGUGUCCAAUCUGACUGCUUGCAGAACCGUCUGCCAAUCACACAACACUUUGGGAUGUCACGUCCCCGUCGGCCUGUUCACAAACUUAGGGCUCCCAGAGACGUGGAGAACACGAAGGACACUGAAGAUACAUGGGAUGGAGCUGUCUCUGGGCCUGUGGUCGAGCCUGACUCUGAGCUCCAGAAAGAUGAAGAGGACGGGGAGGACUCAAUGCUGUGUGACCCAGAGGAGAUGGAUCUACUUGGGGAGAUUUUCGACACGCUCAGCUCCCGCAGUUCCCAUGAGCGUGGCCUGCUGUACGGCACACGCAGCCUGGAUCUGUUUGGACCGGACAGUCAUGACUAUAUAACGAAGCGAGGCUUUCCAGGCAACCCCAGCCAGGAGAGCCUGUCUCUAUCCAUCAGCGGCAGUGGCAGCCUGCACAGCUGGAAUCUGGAAACCACAGAGGAGCUGUCAGACCUGACAGAGGACUCUGACUGGCUGUGCCCUGACACCAGUGUACCAGAGGAGGAGGGGAUAGAGAGUCUCCUGGCAACGUGUGAAAUGGGGGAGCAGGAAAGUGGACAGGGGGAGGUUAGAGAGAAACAGGAAGAAGUGAAGGUAGCAAUAAAUGGGAACCAAGAAACAGAUGGCAGAAAUAACUUUAAGGAAGUGGAGUUAGAGGAAGAGGGAAAGGAAGAUGGUCAGGAAAAGAGAGCUAGUUUAAGAGGCGACCCUGUGAAAGAAACGAAGCGAGAGGAUGAAGGGCUAAAAGAAAAGAGGGAAGGUGAGCAAAAUCAGAGUGAGGAGGUAGUUGAGGGACAAGGGAUGGAGCAAGAAACAAAUGAAAUGCAGAAAAGUGUAGCAAGAGAAGAAGAGGGGAAUGAGAAGCAGGAGGAGAUAGGAGAAGAGGUGACAGGAUCUUUACACGAACUGAAUCUCCAUCAUCCUGUGGAGGAGCACCAAGGACAGAAGGACAAUCUGAAAUCCGCAGCUUCACCUGGGCCUCAGAGUGUCAUUGUUGACCCUGAACCUCCAGCAGGUGAGGAAAAAAGCAGUGAAGAAGCAGUAAAGAAAGAGGAGCGGGAGAUGAGGCAGACUCCCACUCCUCCUAAAGUGCUAUCUGCUGUAGCACGCUUCCAGUCUCAGGCAAAUAGCCAGGGCUUUCAAGUAAAGCACAGGACCAAGGAAUUGGCUGAACCUGGGAGACCUUGCAACACGUUUCGGAGCUGGGGGAAUGCACAAACUCAACCACCAUGUGACUCAAAUAUAUCACAAGAGAACAACCGCUCAGAGGGACAGGAGCAGGAAGACUUGCCUCCAAUCAAAGUGUCUGAACUUAAAAAGAAAUUUGAAGCUUAAUGGAUUAGGCUGGUGACAAUCUAAGUUUUCUACUGUCAACAAAUACCCCAAGCCCACUGGUUUCUAUUGAAGAUCUUUAAGUAUAUAAUGCAUUUGCUUGGGACUUUUUUUUCAGCCAGUCAGAUUUGAUGCUCUUGUGAGUAUUUACAUCAGCAGGACAGUGAAUGCGGGAUUGAGUCAAAAUAAACUUCAGUGUGUGUUCAUCGUAAUGAAGGAACAUGUCAGCCACUGACAUAGUGUGGCUCACUGUUGUGUUUCUAGUUUUUGGCCAAUAUAGUUUAAAAGAUUUUGGUCUUAAGGGAUUUGUUGACAAUAAGAAAAACAGUUGAUCACUAGACUUAUCCGAACGCAUGCAAACUGGCUGGCAGGUGACCUUGCCAAGAUUUAGCAAAUAUUUAAGAUUUGUUUUUAUCUGAAUAUUGUAUACCUGAUGCAAUGGCUGGUGAAUUAUACUUAGAAUGAAGGCAACUAGGCGACACGGUUGAAAUAAAGCAAGCCUCUAACAGUGAGGACAAUGAAUGUUUUGCAUAUCAGCUAUAGUAUGGCGAUGUGAUUUGUCACGGAUUGUGAAUGUGUGUGAGAGAGAUAUGUAUGCUAUCAGUUACUUCCCAACAAAGACAACAUUUUGAAUAUAAUUAUUCCAUUUUUGGUAAGUCUUCACACAGCCUCUAAAUAACUUAAACCAUAAUAAACUAAACCGUUGGAACAUCAAA